UCGUUUCACCAAGAAGUUGAAUAUUGAAGCAUAUCGAUCAAGAAUGAAUCUUGUUCGGUUAAUAUUUUGUGCGUUUUUGCUAAACUCGUGUUGGUCGUAUCAAGUCAUCAGAGAACUGAGAAAGCAAAUUAAUGAUGGGGAAAUUGUCGGACGAUACAUGACCUCAAGGACUGGCCGUACGAUCAGUGGUUUUCUUGGAAUACCAUUUGCAAGUCCACCAGUCGGUAAUCUCCGCUUCCGAGCACCACAAAGGCUAACGCCAUGGAAUGGAACACUGUUCACACAACAGCAACGAUCCAAGUGUCCGCAAAUUGAUACAUUCGCCGGAUCGACAGUUUACGAAGGCGAUGAAGAUUGCUUGUUUGUUAACGUUUACGUGCCGGAAACUAAAUCGAAUUCCCGACUAGAUGUGCUUGUGUGGAUUCAUGGAGGGGGAUUUACUCUAGGUCACGGAGGCAUCGAUUCUUACGGACCCGACUAUUUACUGGAACAUGAUGUGAUUCUUGUUGCUGGCAAUUACCGUCUCGGUCCAUUGGGAUUCCUGUCGACCGAAGACAGAAAUAGUCCUGGCAAUUUCGGAUUAAAAGAUCAAGCGUUCCUGCUUCAGUGGGUGCAAGACAAUAUUGCACAUUUCGGUGGAAAUAAGAAUUCGGUUACGAUUUGGGGAGAAUCGGCCGGUGCUGUCUCGGUUAACUAUCAAAUGAUUUCUUCAAUGUCCCACGGACUUUUCCACCGAGCAAUAUCCCAUAGCGGAGGUUUGCUGGAUCCAGCUAGACCCGGUGUUGCUCUACAACAGGCGACUGCACUGGCACAGCAAAUGAAUUGCCCGAUACUAGACAAUUCCUUUGAGAUUGUUCGAUGUCUGAGAGAGGUCUCCCCAGAGGACAUGAUUAACGCGGGAGUCUCUUUUCCAUUGGUGAUCGAGUCGUUUGAAUCUGACGAAACGCCGUUCAUCGAUCAAUCCAAUUAUAACAAUCGAUUUUCGAAUUUUGCCGCCACUCCAUUUUUGGCGGGAAUGAAUAGCGAGGAAAGUCUGUUGUAUUUGAGCGCAAUUAUGGAAAACGAUGUACUCCUAGCCAUUCUACUCAGUACUUGGGAUGUUAGUCUACCAGCCACAUUUGGUUAUAGUCAUUUGAAUGCAACAGCCCGCACGGAUAUAACGAGAAGCAUAAACUUAUUUUACUUCGAGAACGAAGCCACUCCCACAGUUCAACAACUGGAUCGACAACAGUUGAUGAAUCUGUUCACCGACAUUUUCCUCCUAUUCAUUAAAUCAGUCCAGGAGCGCAUUGAGCACAUCAGCCACAGUAGCACAUUUCUUUACUUGUUCACACAUAAAGGGAAAGCCAGUUUCAGUAACACAACGACAUACCUUGGAACGGCCCAUGCCGAUGAUCUAAUUCCGCUAUUUCCAAUUCGAAAAACAGUUCUACAGUUCCAUCCCGUCCCGGCAAGACAGAGAGCUAACAGAGGUCAUGAGUCUAAUGUGGACGAAUUUCGUGAGAUUUGGAAAUCCUACACCUAAUGGUUCUGCAGUUCCACUUUGGCCGGCAGUUACAAACAGUUCGUUUGAUUCAAUGGAAUACAUGCAAAUUGGAAACGAAAAUGGACGGCUGGACAGUGAGGUGUUGCAAGUGAAAACGGAUUAUUAUUCUGAGCGAGCAGAAUUUUGGAAGAGAAUCCGAGUGGAUUACAAUCUUAACACUUGGCUACAAGAUGAUAGUUCGUCGUUCCUUCGAUACUUUUUGUAGUUGUAACAGGGAAGCUCAGAUUUUUAAAUAUAAAUAAAGAAAACAAACAAAAUUGAUC